AUGGAUAAUGAUGUGCUGGAUGUGGUGCUGAGGGGCUGCUCUAAGGUUAUAUUUAACGGCGAUGCGGGAGAUCUGCCUUCAUCCAGCCUUGAUACAGAGACGGUGGAGGUUUUUACUUUAGAGAAAUUCAAAAACCUGAUCGUCUCACACAUGAAAGAAGGAAGAGACUUCAUAAUUGCAGAGGUUACCACAAGAGACCCCCUGACGGAAUCUGUUUUCAGAAGCUACUACUCUGCAAUUGAGCUGAACCGGAUUCUCUUCUGUGUUGAGGGUAACAAUAACUUUCUGUACAGAGUAUCAGCCAAGAAUCCAAUAAACAACCUUAGGAUUACUGGGAAGGUUUUUUAUUACAAAAUAACGCCGGAAGCUUUGUCCAGUAUAGCGAAGCCAAGACAUUUGGGCGAGCGCACUUGCAGCAACGAAGUGGUGAUCAAAGCAGAAUACUUUGCCAAUGAUGAAGACCUUCUCUUUGACCCAUCGAUCAGAAGAUAUUUUGCCAAGAACCUUGUUGAGGAAGGAUACUUUAUCCACAGGCUUGAGCAAAUGGAAAGCCCUGUGGUGAUUUCUGAAGAUCUCCUUGAAAACUAUCAUGAUGACAAGUUUGGGCUUAAGAUUAUACUCUACACAAACAUAGGGACGAUAUUGGUUAUCUUUGGAAUGUGUAUACUUCUUGGGUCUAAAGAGGCGUUUGUUGUUGCAAUGGCACCUCUUUCGAUGACCCUCCUCUUUUCAAUCCUCUUCCUAAUCCUCUAUGUCCUGCUUUUCGAGUCCCCCGAGGGUUUCUCGUCGAUAUUCAACUUUAGAAAAAACAGAUUUAGCUGA